AAAUUCGAGUCUUGAAGCUGACCACGACGAAAAUAUUCGGUGGAACGCCAACCUGAAAUCUUCUCUCACUUUGACCUUGGACCAUUGACUUCAUCUAAUUCAAGUAUGGCCACCCUUCUCAGGCUUAUUCAAAUCUUUUGAGAAUAUACCUACAGCAUUGACGAUGAAGCUUAGAAUGAUAAGGGCAUCAGCUCUUUCACUUGUUCCUCACUUGUGCUUCUUCCUCCUCUGGUUUGACAAAUCCACUGCUCAAAAUGCUACCACACACCCAUCUGAAGUAAAAGCAUUAAACUCAAUAUUCCAACAAUGGGGUACAAAAGCACCAAAACUAUGGAACAUAAGUGGGGAGCCAUGCAGCGGAUCUGCCAUAGAUGAAACUUAUAUAUGGGACCAAACUAUUAACCCAACUAUCAAGUGUAAUUGUACUUACAAUACACAUACUACUUGCCAUAUAACUGAAUUGAAAAUAUACGCUUUGAACAAAAGGGGAAGAAUUCCUAAAGAGCUCGCAGCUUUGACUUACCUCACCUAUUUAUUACUUGAUCGAAAUUCCUUCACGGGUCACUUGCCUCCAUUUAUUGGAAAUUUAUCUAAAUUGCAGUUUUUUUCAAUUGCCCACAAUGCAUUCUCUGGGACAAUUCCAAAGGAUCUUGGAAAGCUUAAAGAGCUAAAAAUCCUGGCUCUUGGUUCCAAUAACUUCUCUGGAGCUCUUCCGCCUGAGCUUGGAAAUUUAGCCAAACUUCAAGAAAUUUAUAUUAACAGCUGUGGAGCAGGUGGUGAGAUUCCAUCAACAUUUGCUAACCUCUAUAACCUGGAAACCGUGUGGGCAUCAGACUGUCAAUUCACAGGAAAAAUACCAAACUUCAUAGGGAACUGGACGAAGCUUUGGUCUCUGAGACUUGAAGGGAACUCCUUCAAAGGCCCAAUACCAUCCAGUCUUUCUAGCUUGGCCUCACUGCAGACUCUGCAUAUAAGCGAUAUAUACGAAGUGAGCUCAUCCCUUGAUUUCAUUAAGGGUUUGAAGAACUUAACCUCAUUAGUUCUAAGGAACACACUGAUAUCUGGCAGUAUUCCAUCUUAUAUUGGAGAAUAUCAAAGUUUACAAACACUGGAUUUAAGUUUCAACAACUUAAUAGGAGGAAUCCCAAGUUCUUUGUUCAAGCUGAAUAAUCUCACUGCCCUGUUUCUUGGAAACAAUAGACUAACUGGAACACUUCCUCCACAGAAGAGUGAAAAACUUCAAAUUAUAGAUUUGUCAUACAAUGAAAUAUCAGGGAGUUUUCCUUCUUGGCUAAACUCAGAUUUACAAUUGAAUUUAGUAGCCAACAACUUCACAUUUGAUAGCUCAAACAGCAGUAUUUUGGAAGGAUUGAAUUGUCUUCAGAGAGACUUCCCAUGCAAUAAGGGCACUCCACAAUAUACUAACUUCUCGGUCAAGUGUGGUGGACCAGAGUUGAGAACCUCAGAUGGAACAGUCUUUGAGGCUGAUAACUCAAUUACUAUUGGCACCACUUCAGCAUUGUAUUUUGUAAGCAGAAUGGAGAGAUGGGCAGUUAGCAAUGUGGGCUUAUAUAAUGACAGAUCUGAAUAUAAUACGUCAUCUGUAGAGAAGGCCUUGUCACAAGUGAAAGGCACUAAAAACCCCAAACUUUUCGAGACUUCAAGGAUAUCGCCGGGUUCACUUAGAUACUAUGGCCUAGGCCUGGUAAAUGGACCUUACACUGUAAGCUUGUUAUUUGCAGAAACAACUUUUAAAGAUCCGAGUACACAAACAUGGCAGAGUCGAGGAAGGCGUGUUUUUGAUAUUUAUAUUCAGGGGAUGCUUGAAUAUAAGGACUUUGACAUAUCAAGAGAGGCAGGUGGGGUUGAGAAAGCACUAGAGAAAAAAUUCAAAGCUACUGUGUCAGAGAACUAUCUUGAAAUCCAUCUGUUUUGGGCUGGUAAAGGGACCUGCUGUAUUCCUGUCCAAGGUUACUAUGGACCAUCCAUUUCGGCCCUUACGGUUGUACCAGAUUUAACAAGAAUUCCACCAAAGAAGCACAAGACCGGGUUGAUUAUUGGUUUUGCAGCCGCUGCUGGGAUCGUAAGCUUUAUGCUUGUAUUGGCAGCUUGUUAUAUGAAAAGGAAAGGUCUACAUGCCAACGAGGAUAUAGAGCUUCUUGAGAUAGGCCCCAAGCUGAACACCUUCAGCGAUGCUGAGCUGCGAACUGCUACAGAAGACUUCAGUCCUGCAAAUAAGCUGGGGCAGGGUGGAUUUGGAACCGUUUACAAGGGCACUCUACUUGAUGGGAGGGCUGUAGCUGUGAAGCAACUUUCAAUAGCGUCUUAUCAAGCAAAAAGUCAAUUUAUUACAGAAAUUGCUACCAUAUCUGCAGUUCAACAUCGAAACCUUGUGAAACUGUAUGGAUUCUGCAUCAAGGGGAGUAGACGGCUCCUGGUUUAUGAAUAUCUUGAAAACAAGAGCCUUGAUCAUGUUCUCUUUGGAAAAUGUGGUCUGGUUCUUGAUUGGCCAACCCGCUUCGGUAUAUGCUUGGGAACAGCAAGAGGACUUGCUUAUCUUCAUGAGGAAUCAAAUCCAAGAAUCAUACACCGGGAUGUGAAGUCUAGUAAUAUUUUGCUUGAUGCAGAACUCUGUCCCAAGAUAUCAGAUUUUGGAUUAGCAAAGCUGUACGAUGACAAGAAAACACACAUCAGCACCCAAAUUGCAGGAACCAUUGGCUAUCUAGCACCAGAGUAUGCAAUGCUUGGGCACCUGACAGAGAAAGCUGAUGUCUUCAGCUUUGGUGUCGUCGCUCUAGAGAUCCUUAGUGGGAGGCCAAACACAGACAAGAGCUUGGAUGCCAAAAAGAUCUAUCUUCUUGAAUGGGCAUGGACAUUACAUGAAAAUAACCAAAGUUUGGAUUUGGUUGAUCCGAUGUUAACAGCAUUGGAUGAAAAUGAAGUCAGUCGAGUGGUAAGAGUGGCUCUCUUGUGCACCCAGGGAUCACCAAUGUUGCGGCCAACCAUGUCCCGUGUUGUUGCAAUGCUUUCCGGAGACAUUGAAGUAAGUACAGUUACAUCAAAACCCAGUUAUUUAACAGAUUGCGAUUUCAAAGAUAAGACAAGCACCUUUUUGAGUGAAGAUACUCAAACAUCUGUGGCAUCCACAAGCAGUCCAAUAGAUUGGGAUUUCAAAGAGAUAGAUAGGAGUUUUUGCAGUCAAGAUAAAUAUCUGUUGCAUCUGCCAGUGACCUAAUGCCUUCUGUAAAUCCCACAGUAUCCAUGCACCAUGGCACUACGGGAAAAGGUUGGUGAUGAACUUCUGUCACUGCUUCUGGUCAUAUUGUUAUCAGGAGCCUGUUAAUAUAUCAUAGGGAGGAAUUUUUUGUACUUCUGAAGACUGCUAGACUUUAAAUUUCAGCUAGUCAUAUGUAUGGGUGUAUCAAUGUCCUAUCAGAUUGGUAGACCACAUAUUAACUUCUGCUACAAACACAAGUAGAUUUUGGAAAAGAUUACAAAAGCAUCUGAUGAUUAUGGUCAUGAAAAGGUUAUGCUCCAUAUAGAAAGUGGUCUAGUAGUAUGGAAUGACGAGUUCAACAAACUCCAUAUAGAUUAGGGUUGGGUUGGAUGGGAUUCUAUGUCCUUGUGUAUCUGUCAAAAAUGAAGGACUCGUUUUGUUUUU